AUCGCCUUCACCAUCAUCGAUAUUAACAAAAAAUUCUUCAUUCGAUAAUCGAAAUCAUUCAAAAUUAAAUGAAAAAUGGCCAUCAAAAUCUUCUAUCAAACCUCAAUCAUCCAUAUCGGAAAAACAUCAUCAUCAUCAUCAUCAUCAUCAUCAAACUUUAUCAAAUUAUACAAAAGCUGCAAUAUGGAUACAGAGAUUUAAUUCACGAUUUCAACCACUAUUGAAACAUUGUUUACAAUCAACUUGUCAGUGUCUAGCCGAUCUAGAUAAUUUGGCCAAAAUGGCCAAUGUACCUGUAAUUAUUCGACCAGAUAAUCAUACAAAACAAAUUAAUCUAACAUCAAAUCAACGCCGUCGAAUGGCAACUAUAUUAUUGACAAAUAUAAUACGUUUAGAUCGAUUUCAACAAAAAUGGACGGAAGAAAAUUUAAUUGAUGAUGACAAUCAAGAUGGAAUGGGAAAACAAAAAAAUCAACUAGAUUCAUGGUAUGAAUGUCGGUUAUCAAAAGAAUCCAUUUGUCCGAAAGAUUCAUUACCAAAUAAUCAUUAUGAUCAAAAUCGACAACAAUUAUUAUCAUUAUUAAUGCCGGAUUUUUUUGCCGAAUCACAACGUACAAUGAAUGAAAGUGAAAAAUCAUCAUUAUUUUCAUUUGAAUUUGUACAAAAUCUUGAUGAUCUAUUAAGACGUUUAAGUCGUAAUUUAAUUUCAUUACCACCUAUUUCAUCAUCAUCAAAUGUAUCGAUGAAAUUGGAAAAAUGGUUUGGUCGUGAAAAUAUUAUUGAUGAUUUAAAUCGUAUUCAUUUGAAUGAUACUAAUGAUUCAAGUUUAAUUAUCGAAACAAUGGCAUUAAUCAUUGUGAAUCGAUUGGUAAAAGGUGAAAAAAUUGAAUUAUUUGAAUCAAGAUUUUUGCGUGAUAUAAUCGAUAGAUAUGGUAAAAAAUAUUCACAAUCCAAUUCAAUUCAAUCAUCAUUUUCAAAGGAAAAUAUUGCUGUCAUCGAUCAAUAUGGAUUGGCCAGAUUACUCAAUGAUCUUCAUAUUGGUGGCCUUAUUGAUCAAUCAGAUCAUGAAUCCAGUAUACCUCAACAUCGUGGACAUCGAUCUGUAUUAAAUAAUCCACAUAAUCACCAGGUUAAAUUUCUUAUAUCCGCUAUGAAUUCUAUUGCCAACAACAAUCCAAUUGGAAAAAAUCUUGAAUGUUUUAAUUAUGAUUUCUAUAUGGGACUCAUCAAACAAAUUCAACAUCCUACAAAACAUGAAAAUGAUGUUCAUAAUCAAUCGGAAAUGAAUUUUCUAACUGAAAAUGUUCUUCAACAUUUAGCACCAAUUUUUCUACAACAAAUUCUUUCGAAAGCCUGUGAACGUUCGUCAUUCGAUAAUCAUGAUAAUAUUGAAAAAAGAAAUGCAUCACAUGAACAACAUCAAUCCGAAUCAAUUGUUAAAGAGUUUGAACAUGUUGAUAAGAUUGAUAAAGAUGAUGACCACAGCAUCGGUAAAGCUCUUCUAUAUGGUAAUAUUUGUGUUUUCAUUAUAAGUUUAUCAUCAUUGGGAGGUGUAUUGCUCAUACCAAUUCUUGAAAGUCGCGCAUUUGCAUUGACCAUACAGAUGUUGAUCGGUUUAGCAUUUAGUUCAAUGUCUGGUGAUGCAUUAUUUCAUAUUAUUCCUGCCGUUCUUGGUAUUCAUUCACAUGAUCAUAAUGAUAACAAUUCAACCGAUCUCCAUCAUCACCAUCAUGAUGAUGAUGAUGGUGAAAAUCAUUUCGAAUUUCUUUGGUUGAUGGUUGCCAUAUCUGCAUCAAUCUAUGUAUUAUUUCUUUUCGAAGUGAUCUCAAAUUCAUUGGCCAAAUUAAAAGAAAAGGCAAAAAAAUCUGUUCAUCUAUCUAAUGUUAAUGAUCAUGGACAACAACAUUAUCCACAUCAUCAUCAUCAUAAGAAACAUCAUCAUGACCAUCUUCAUGGACAUUUUGCACAAUCACAAAAUAACAAUAUGAAAGAAUCAACUUCAUCGAUUCAGUCUUCUUGCAAUUCAUCAAAAUUGUCAACAACAGAAAUGGCCAUUACGAAUGAUAAGUCAUUAUCUUCAAAUAAUAAAAUUGAAGAUUCAGCUAACACUUUAAGUCCACAAAUAUUAACAUCAUCCAUUUCGAAUACAGAAUUGAUUGUUGAUCCGAGUGUAUCUUCGAAAGAUAUUGAUGAUAAUAGUAGUAAAAAUAAUAUAAUCUGUCUGGGAAUGACAUCGCUAGCAUUAAUCAUUACGAUUAGCGAUUCCAUGCACAAUCUUCUUGACGGUGUUGCUAUAGGCAUUUCAUUUUCAAGCAGUAUUACACGUGGAUUAUCUGCAUCAAUCGCUGUGUUUUGUCAUGAAUUACCUCAUGAAUUUGGUGAUUUUGCUGUGAUGUUAUCAACCGGUAUGUCAGUGAAACGUGCAGCCAUCAUAAAUUUUGUUUCGGCAUUGACCUGUUUUAUUGGAUUUUUUAUUGGGAUAUUGUUGGGCAAUUCGGAUCAAGCUAAUCGAUGGUCAUUGGCCGUAUGUGCCGGUCUUUUCCUCUACAUUGCACUCUGUGAUAUGUUACCCGAGCUUAAAGAAAUGGCCGAUCCAAUAUUUACACGACAAUGGUGUUUAUCAUUUUUAUUAAAAAACAUUGGCAUCAUUUCGGGUUAUAUUUUCAUGAUUUUAAUUGCCCUAUACGAAGAUAAAAUUAAUUUUGCCUAAUACAUUUUGAAUCCCACUAAAAAAAACUUUAAAUCAUGAAAUAAUUUGACAAUUCCAAAACAAACAUUUCAUUCGCCCUGUUUAAUACAGUCACACACACGCUCAUUACUGGUUAUAAAAAAAUUGAUUUUUGUAAAUAUUAAUCCAGAAUCGAAAUAUUUUAUUCAAAAAUAAUUUAAGGGAAAGGAA